AUGUUGGCUUGUGGUUUGUAUCUUUACCUCUCUCGUUGGACCAGAAAAGGUGAACUUGCUGAAAUUGGAAUUAAAACUAAGUUGCGUGUUGAUGUGAUGGCGAAACAAAAUGUAGUAUACAAUGAAAUCAAAGUGAAAGACGAAAGUCUAUUGUUGGAUACACCUGGGUGUCAGAUACCAAAGCUACAUCCGUUCGACCCGUCUUUGAAAAAUAUAAUAGCUCCAGAGACUGCUCUAGUUUGUCCUGGUAAGCCUCUGUUUCUGUUCACAAAACCAAAUGCUACAGUUGUUGUAAACGAAACAAUACUUAAAACAUUUUACAACGCCACUUCUGCUAAUUUAUAUUGCAAUUACAGACCGAUUAUACGAAUGACAGAAUCUGCAGGAGAAACUCUUGAAGACUACUAUGCAGUGGGAAAUACUAGGAAACUGCACUAUGACCUACCUCUUAAUGAAGAUUUCAUUGAGAUAGAAUGUAAUUUGCCCAAUGAAACGUUAAAGCAUUAUAUACCUCUGGUACCUUUGAAAAACAAUGUGGAACGGAAGAAAACGGAAAUUUCUCACGAUUCUGAUGACAAAUUAAAUGUUAUUAUUCUUGGUGUGGAUUCUGUUUCAGCAUUAAAUUUUCAAAGACAAUUUCAAAAUACCAGGACUUUUUUAGAACGAAAGCUGUCGCCGUUUAAACUGAAUGGCUACACUAAAGUUGGAGACAAUACUUUUCCAAAUAUAGUACCUCUACUGACAGGACACUUUGUGAGCUACUACUGGAAUGAAACUUUGUAUCAUACGAAAUUUUUUGAUGAUCUCAAUUUUGUAUGGAAAUUAUACUCUGCAAAAGGAUACCGAACCUUCUUCGCGGAGGACAGCCCAAGAUUUGGUACAUUUAAUUACGGUAAAAGAGGAUUCCGAGAUCCUCCAACCGAUUAUUAUUACCGACCAAUGGCUAUGGCAAUUGAUGAACGCUUUCAGAGGAAAUACAUGCGAUGCAUUAAUUCUCAAAUCGAUAUUGAACUAAUUCUCAAUUACCUCAAAGAUUUUGUCAGAACAAUGGAUCAUCGACCAUACUUUUCAUAUGCGAUGGUAUCAACAGUUACGCAUGACCAUCUUAAUCGUGCUGGCCAUGCUGAUUUACCAGUUUACAGAAUACUUACAGAUUUCUGGGAAAGAGGUGUUCUGAACAAAAGUCUUUUAAUAGUAUUUAGUGAUCACGGAAUACGCUUUGGCCCAAUUAGAGAAACUUACAUUGGGAAGUUUGAGGAAAGAAUGCCCUUUAUUUAUAUAAACUACCCAAAGUGGUUCCUGGAAAAACACCCACAGAUAGUCAAAAAUCUCCGCGAUAAUCAAGAUCGCCUUACCACUCAUUUUGAUGUCCAUGCAACACUGGUUCAUUUGCUGCUUUUAAUGAAACUCAUCGACAAGAUUCCCGAAGCAGAACAAAAUGCUCAUGGGCUAAGUCUUAUGGGAGAGAUACCUACCAGUAGAACAUGUGAAGAUGCUAACAUAUUUCCCCACUGGUGCCCCUGCCAGCAAUUUCAGAAUCUUUCUACAUCUGACAAUAUCACUUUGGAGUGUGCUAAUGCGAUAGUUUCAAAAAUAAACAUGAUGCUAGAACCGUAUAAAAAUUACUGUGUAGUUUUAGAAUUGGAAAACGUCACCGAUGCCCAAAUGAGGCAGGUUAGUGACAUCGUCCUGAAGUUUGUAAAAAAGCAAAACAUUGUUAUCAACCAAAAUGUUGUGCUAGGGAAGAAAGUGGAACCCAUUCGCGAUUAUUUAAUAACUAUCGCUGUCAAACCUAGUCGUGGCGUUUUUGAAAGUACAGUACGACACAGAGUGCAGGAGAAUGUUUUUGAAGUGUUGGGCAUCAGCAGGAUUAAUGCUUACGGCAAUCAGUCAAUGUGCAUUCAAAGCUCUGAAUUGCGAAAGUUCUGUUACUGUUUUUCUUGA